AUGCAGAAACAAGGUGUUCCCAUGGGGAGUCCUUUAUCACCAAUAUUGGCAGACAUUAUCAUGGAAGAUCUAUUAGAAGAAGUUUUUAAAAACCUUUCUGAUAAACCAAAAUUUGUUGUAAAAUAUGUUGAUGACCUAUUUGCUAUACUCAAAAUAAAUAAUGUAAAUUCAACACUACACGCUUUAAACUCUUAUCAUCAAAACAUCCAGUUUACUGUUGAAAUUGAAGAAAAUGGAAAACUACCAUAUUUAGAUGUUUUGGUCAUUAAAAAUCAAAAUCAUUUCAUUUUUGAUUGGUAUAAAAAACCAACAUCGUCCGGAAGGCUUAUAAAUUUCAAUUCAAAACACCCAAAGCAAAUUAUAAUUAACACGGCUAAAAAUUUUAUAAAUAGAGUUUUGGAUAAUAGUGACUCUUCUUUUAUUCAAAAAAACAUAAAAAUUAUCUCAGAAACACUUUCGGCAAAUUCAUUUCCAAUACAAAUUACUAAAUCUUUGAUUGCAAAUUAUAAUAAUGGAAGAACAACACCUGGAAAUGUUGAUGGUGGUCAACAAAGAAUAUAUAGAAGUUCUAUAUAUGUUCCACAACUUUCGGAAAGACUAACAAAUGCUCCAAUAAGAGAUAAGGAAAGGAUAAAAAUAGCUUUCAAAUCUUCCAAUACACUAAAAACAAAUGUGUUUACCAAACUAAAAGACGAAACUAAAAAAGAAGACAAAUCAGACGUGGUAUACCAGAUUACUUGUUUAGGUGGAAAUAAUACUUGUUCAAAAGUUUAUAUUGGAACAUCGAAACAAAAACUUAAAAACAGGAUAUCCGGACACAAAUCAGAUGUGAGAACCGGUAACUCACAAAAAACGGCGCUAGCUAUGCAUUGUUUAGAGGAAGACCACAGGCCAGAUUUUGAUAAUGUAAAAAUCUUACAACAAGAAAAUCAUUAUUCUAAACGUAUGCUAUUAGAAAUGCUGCACAUUCAAAAGAACGAAAAUGUUGUCAACAGAAGAUCGGACUGCGAUGGUCUUAGUAUUAUAUAUAGUCAUUUAGCUAAAAGUUAA